AUGGAGAAUAGAGACAUAUCCCGAGACGAGGCGACGACCGGAUUCCUGAGCACGGAGACGAAAGCCUCCCAGAUCGAUGCGAAAGCCCCUCUACAUCAACGAUGGCCCUCUCCGCGAGUCUUCUAUUCUACCCUCGCUAUCCUGAGCAUCGGAAUCCUAUUGCUGAGCGCCAAAAUUCUCUCCAUGAGAUACCACAAUCUGGAGAAUGCAAAUCUCUCGUCUCCGGCCCUCUUGGACAUGAGCCCUUCCGAAGCCAGCCCCUGCGGUAAUGACGCGAACACCGCUCGCAGCCUGGGCUGCAACUUCGACCCGCUCACCUUCGCCUGGCUGCCGCCGCAGUGCUACAAUUAUAACCUCACGGCCGAGUUCCUCCAGCUCCAAGACUGGCAGUGGUGGCGGCAGCGCGAGGAUGGGUCGCGGCGCCAGCUAUCGCUGAUCAACGUCAUGCAGGGCUCUGACGAGACCUUGUACGUGACUUGGGAUUAUCACCGCCAGCAUUGCGCCUACCUGUGGCUGAAGAUGCAUCAGGCGAUAAUGGAGGGAGCGCCUAUUGACGGCGUUGCCAUGUUGGAUAUCAUCACAGGUGUCUGCGAUAGGGUACUGCGGUCGAAGAGGGACCUAAAUGACACGAGCGUUCCGGGGUAUAUUCGGUAUCCCUCGUGUAAGGUGUAUUAG